AUGGACCAAGAAUCCGUACCCACACUAAUGGAUUUUGCUGCAAAGAGUCUGCUGAGUAAUGAGCCUAUAGCUAUCCAGUCAUUGGAAGUUCUCCCUAAACAACUCUACAUUCCACUCUUUAAGAAUGCUUUCUUAGGAAGGCAUAAGAAAGUGCUAAAUGCAAUGGUGAGAGUUUGGCCUUUUCACUGCCUGCACAUCGGGACACUGGAUAUACAAGAACCACCUUAUGAAAUAUUGGAAGCCAUAUUGGAUGGUCUUCAGUUCCUACCUAUCCAGAACACUUCCUCAGGGGGCCCAAAACUGAGGAUCUUGGAUCUAAGGCAGUCUCAGGACUGUGGAAUAACAUGCUAUUAUGGAUUCCAACAGAAAUUGUGUUCACACUCCUGUGUUAAUUCUCAGAACUCCAUUUUGAAAAUAGAAGAAGUUCAGCAUAGGGGUAUGGUCAGUGAAACAGUCACUUCUGAGUCUGCAUCGUCCUGGAAGCCCAUCGAAUUAUUAGUCAACCUUUCCUUCAACUCUAAUUUGAGAACAAAGCAAUUUCUUCUUUUACUUAAGAGUAAGAUUGAGCAGAGUUUUGGGUCCUUGCACCUCUGCUGCAGAUAUUUGCAAAUUAAUCACAUUUCUAUGUAUACCAGUAACCUACAGAUCCUGGAUCCAGCAUGCGUUGAUCAUCUAGAAGUGAACCGGGUUCACCUGAGUAAAAUCAUCACCCUUUUUCCUCAGUUGAUUCACCUAAACAGACUUAUGCUGUCUAGUAUUCCCUUUCAGUCCUGUAAUGGGUCAAACUUUGAAACCUUUCUCACCUGGCUUGGGAAGUUGGACAUGCUUCAGGAGCUCAGCGUUUCUUUUUUCUCCCUGACUGAUCAACUGCACAAAGCGCUCAGCAUCCUGCAGAGUUAUGCUCAUUUGAAUUCACUGAGGCUCCCAUUCUGUCAACUUUCUAACAAAGACCUCACUGUGCUCUCACAGAGCGAUCUGGUCACCCAUUUAACACGACUAGAUCUGAGCAGCAACCAGAUAUUCUGGAGAGGUUAUGAACCCUUUCUGGCUCUGCUGGUGAGAGUUUCUGGAACCUUGCAACAUUUGGAGAUAAACAACUGCAAAAUCACCGAUUCUGAGCUCUCUGCUAUCCUCCCAGCCCUGAGCCACUGUUCUCAUCUCCGUGUCUUGAGCUUGGCCUACAAUUCCCUGACAAUGGCUGCCCUCGUGAAUCUUUUGAAAAGUUUAAUAGCCUUGUCAAAUCUGAGGCGUGUCGUUUACCCUGUACCUCUCCAUUGCUAUGAACUUGGAAGAAUUGAAGGCCAUUUGGAUCGAAAUAAACUCGCUGAAGCUAAAGCUCAUUUGAACUUGGUGCUACAGAUGGCACAGCGGAAUGAUAUAUACUGGACCAUUUUAUAA